UUUUCAAUGUAUAAAAUGGAAUAUUCUUACCUCAAUUCCUCUGCCUACGAGUCCUGUAUGGCUGGGAUGGACACUUCGAGCCUGGCUUCAGCUUAUGCUGACUUCAGUUCCUGCAGCCAAGCCAGUGGCUUUCAAUAUAACCCUAUAAGGACCACUUUUGGGGCCACCUCUGGCUGCCCAUCCCUCACUCCAGGAUCCUGCAGUCUCGGCUCUCUUAGGGACCACCAGAGCAGUCCAUACGCAGCAGUUCCUUACAAACUCUUCACCGACCACGGGGGUUUAAACGAGAAGAGGAAACAGAGGCGGAUCAGAACUACUUUCACCAGCGCCCAGCUCAAGGAACUGGAGAGGGUGUUCGCAGAGACUCAUUAUCCUGAUAUAUACACCCGGGAGGAGCUGGCACUCAAGAUAGACCUCACCGAGGCGAGAGUGCAGGUCUGGUUCCAGAACCGCCGCGCCAAAUUCCGCAAGCAGGAGAGGGCGGCGGCGGCGGCGGCGGCGGCCGCCAAGAACGGGGCGGCCGGCAAGAAGUCCGACGCCUCCCGCGACGACGAGAGCAAGGAGGCCAAGAGCACCGACCCCGACAGCACCGGCGGCCCCGGCCCCAAUCCCAACCCCGCUCCCAGCUGCGGCGGAGGCGGUGGCGGCGGACCCAGCCCCGCCGCGGGGCAGGGAGCGGCAGGCGGCGGGCUGGCGGCGGCGGGGCCGGGGCAGGGCUGGGCGCCGGGGCCCGGGCCCAUCACCUCUAUCCCCGACUCGUUAGGCGGCCCCUUCGCCAGCGUCCUCUCCUCGCUGCAGCGGCCCGGAGGCACCAAAGGCAGCCUCGUCAAGAGCGGCAUGUUCUGAGCGGCGGCGGCGGCUGCGGCGGCGGCCCCUCCCGCUCAUUAGUAUCCGCCGCCCUCCCAUAGCGAUGACCAGGGGCCCGGGCUGCGCCGGGCUCCGCGGG